AUGCAUGGGGGGAAACCCUCUGAGCAGAGUUCCCCUCAGAGGAACCAGGAAGGAUUGUCUACAUGCUCCAAGUGCGGGAAAUCCUUUACUUACUGGUCCCUCCUUUUGAUCCACCGGAAGCUGCACACGGGGAGUGGAUCCCACCUGUGUUUUCUUUGUGGAAGCUCCUUUCCUGGAGUCUGGAGCUUUGACAAACAUCUCCGGAGCCACCCUGGAGUGAAGCCUUACAAAUGCGGAGGGUGCAGGGAGCGUUUUGCUAAAGGCUCGGACCUUGGAGCCCAUCAGCGAAUCCACCAGGGAAGAAAGAGAUCUCAGGAAUGCCGGAAGUGGAGGAAAAGAUUGUGGUUAUGUCAGAAAUCAGAGCUUCACACACGAGAGAAACAUUACAAGUGCGGCCAAUGCGAGAAGACCUUCCCUCAGAAGUCGCAGCUUUGGCUCCACCAGAAAGUUCACCAGGAAAUAAAGUCUUACAAUGCGUGUGGGGGUGAAAUUGCCCCGCGAUCCUCUCUUCGGAGUCACAAGAAAAGAAACCGAAGGGAGAAAAAUGAAGAGUGUCCAGAAUGCGGGAAAUGUUUUUGCACCAAGGCCUCCCUGAUACGACAUCAGAGAAUCCACUCUGGCAACAGACCCUAUCAAUGCUCGGACUGUGAGAAAGAAUUUGUGUAUUUUUCGGACUUUUGCAAGCACCAGGAACGGCACAGAGGAAAGAAACACUAUAAAUGUGAGGAGUGUGGGGAAAGCUUUUCUGGCAAGUCCUAUCUUCGUUCACACCAGGAUGGCCACACAGGGGGGAAACCCUACAAGUGCACAGAGUGUGGGAA